UCGCGAUGCUUUACGAAACCUAAACAUACGGAAACAUGGCUGCCUCCAUUGGAAGCCUACUUUCAGAAAUUUCAGGUCUUGAAGACCCUAUUGAAGAACUGCAGAAUUUGAAAACUGCCGUUUUGGCAAUUCCUUUGAAUUUACUGGGUGAGACUGUGUCUGGGCUACGACUAGAAGGUCUUUUUUCGCUUUUAAAUACCAAUGACAGGGAGCAAACUGAGCUGUGCGUGGUUAUUCUGGGUCGCAUUCUCCAAGCUCUCGACCCGCUCUACCUGGCCCAGAACUGCAGGAAUGAACUUCAGGGAGGACUGAAUCAUUCUGACGAUUCGGUCAAGAUCUUGGCGAUGUCACAAGUUGGGAGGAUUGCCAAACAUUCAGAAGCUGUCACAGAAAUCCUGAACAACCAGAGCGUGUUGAAGGACGUCAUUCACUGCAUAGGAGUGGAGAAAAUUUCUGUUGCCAAAGAGGCGAUUGGAGCACUCUCCAAAUUGGCUCAUACCAAAGCAGGGCUAGAUGCAUUAUUCCAGAGUAAUUUACUGAAAGACCUGAAAGAUGUUAUGGCCACAAAUGAUGUUAUCCGAUACAGAGUGUAUGAGCUGGUGGUAGAUGUGUCCUCUGUUUCUCCCAUCUCCCUGGGGUAUUGUGCCAACAGCGGGUUCAUUUCCCAGCUUCUAGGGGAGUUGACUGGUGAUGACAUACUGGUUAGAGCCACGGCAAUUGAGAUGGUGACCACUCUUGCACACAGCCAGCAUGGGAGGUUGUACCUGGCCCAGCAAGGCAUCAUGGAUAAAAUUUCCAACAUGAUCAUUGGGGCUGAGUCAGAUCCCUUCUCCAGCUUGUACCUACCUGGGCUAGUGAAGUUCUUUGGGAACCUGGCUAUCAUGGACAGCCCUCAGCAGGUCUGUGAGUGCUACCCCGCCUUCUUGCAGAAGGUGUUUGAGAUGGCCCUGGACCAGGACCCAGUGAUGACGGGCGUGGCACUGGACACUCUGGGAGUGCUGGGCUCUACGGUGGAGGGAAAACAAGUCCUGCAGAAGACAGGUGAGAAGUUCCAGAGGGUAUUGAAGAGGAUGAGCCAGUUGGCCAGGAAUGCAGCAACAGAGCUGAGAGUCCGCUGUCUGGAGGCCAUUAUUCUGCUCCUCACUCUCCCAGCGGAGCAGCAGACGGAAGACCUCUUAGGCCUGACGGAGUCCUGGUUUGGGGCCCUUUCCAGCCAGCCCAUGGAGAUGUUCCGCGGCUUCAGCACCCAGCCCUUUCCUGAGCUCCAUUGUGGAGCUCUGCGCAUCUUCACUGCCAUCGCCUGCCAGCCCUGGGGUCAGAAACUGAUGGUGGCCACCCCAGGCUUUGUGGAGUUCAUUGUUGACCGCUCGACGGGACCAAACAAAGAGUCCAAAGACGCCAAGUUUGAACUUGUGAAAGCUCUGGUGAACUCUACGUCCACAGCUGAGAUCUUCGGGAACCAGCAUUACUUGAGCCUGCGGGCUUACAUGCGGGAGGGGCCGUACUACAUAACUGCUGUGUCCACGGUCACAGUGGAAGGCGCUGACUGACAUCACGGAAGGUGUGCUGUUGCCAUUGUUACCAAGGAGAUGGUCAACAUUUGUCAAGUACAGCAAGCUCUUAUUCAUUUAUUUUCGUCUUAACUUGAUCAGUGUUAAAUGCACUCGUUUUUGUAUUUGGUUUCUACGUGCUAAUUAAAGAGGAACCUGGCUAAGUGUAA